CAAACACCAAACUCAAUCAUUUCAAGUAAUUAUUCUUCAACAUCCUUCCUCUAUCUCUAAUUAUAAAUUACAAAAACAUAAAAAACGGUUCAUCCGUACCCAUGGCCGUUUUUCUUCCGCUCAUCCCUCUCGAUCCCAAACCACCAUUCUUCCUUAAUCUCCUCUGAAUUUCAAUAUCUGUCUCCAUAUUCUCUCUCUCCCUCUCGUUGGUGUCCUGCGUCUAUCUCUGUUUAGUCUUUACGCGCUUGUUUCCAUGGAGUCGGCCAAGAUUGCUGGCUUCGCUGCAAAAACCCUAAUCCCCGCGUGAAACGUGUGCGCGGAAACCUCAUCGGCGGAGAAUGGCGAUUGUGACCGGAGAUCGGUACCUCGAGAAGUUGGUGCACUUCGUGGAGGACCAGGCGGGACCUCUGAUCGAAGGAGCCUUGGUGUUGAAGCUGAAUCCAGCGGGUCUUCACUACGUGCAAUCGCGGCUGGAGGCGCUGCACGAGUUGGAAAGCCUCCUUUCCGGCGCUCCGGUGGACUACCUCCGAGCGUACGUGUCGGACCUCGGUGACCACCGCGCUCUGGAGCAGCUCCGUCGGAUCCUGCGCCUCCUCACCUCGCUGAAGGUCGUUUCGGUGCUGCCUCAUCCAAUCAGGGAUCCAACGCCCUUGUCGUUUCUUCCGUUAGGGUGCUUGAAGGUUCUCGAACUCAGAGGUUGCGACUUGUCAACUUCCGCCGCCAAAGGCUUGCUCGAGCUCCGCCACACACUCGAGAAGAUCGUUUGUCACAACUCUACCGAUGCUCUGCGGCACGUGUUUGCUAGCAGGAUAACGGAGGUGAAGAAGUCUCCGCAGUGGACGGUUGAAACACUUGACCUCAGCAGGAACAAGUUUGCAAAGGUGGAUAAUCUGCAUAAGUGUACCAAAUUGAGGCAUUUGGACCUUGGUUUCAAUAACUUGAGAGCAUUUGCACCCUUCAGCCAGGUUUCCUGUCAUAUUGUUAAACUAGUUUUGAGGAACAAUGCUCUAACUACUUUGCGUGGAAUUGAGAAUUUGAAGUCGCUUGAAGGAGUUGAUAUUUCCUACAAUAUUAUUUCCAAUUUUUCAGAGCUAGAGUUCCUUGCGGGGCUUCCAUAUCUUCAAAGCUUGUGGUUGGAAGGAAAUCCUUUGUGUUGUGCUCGAUGGUAUAGAGCACAAGUAUUCAGCUUCUUUGCCUAUCCAGAAAGGUUGAAGUUAGAUGAGAAAGAAAUAAACUCUAGUGAUUUUUGGAAGAGGCAAAUAAUCGUUGCCAGUAUGCAUAAGCGACCUGCCAGUUUUGGGAUUUAUGUGCCUGCAAAGGAUGAGGCUGUUGUUGAAGGUGGCAAUAUCAGAAGGAGAAAGGUAUCCCGUCUUGUCAGUAUCAAAAAUGAAGAAGAGAUCACUAGCAUAUGUUCUGAUGAGGACUCUGUCUCUUGUGCAAAUGAUAUUCAAGAUAGAGAGGAUCCUGAUUUAUCUGACAAUGAAGCUGAAAUAGUAGAUUUGAUAAACAGAGUUGAACAUAUGAAGAAAGAGCGUUCUAUUCACUGGUUGAGGGAAUUUAAAGACUGGAUGGAUAUUGCUUCUGACAAAUCAGUAGAGACUGGGAAAGAAGGCAGCACUACACUGCAUCGUCUGAAAGAGAAUUACAUCAGAAACAAGACAAAUCAGCAGCCUGGUGACAUCUCAAGAUAUGCUUCAGACUCUGUUCUAGCCUCAGGAGAUGAAAGUAGCAUGACUAUUUUAGAAUCUGAUGGUUCUUUUGUAGAUAUGUCUGCUUUUUUCCAUAGAUUGCAGCACUUUGACUAUAGGGGUUUACUUGGUAAUGCUAGUGGGGCUGCACUUUUUGAUUCAGGAGGAGUGGACAUGGAGCGCCUUAAAUCCUCACUUGAGGCAAUUAAUAGUUCUAUCUCACAAACUAUAAGUUUUCAUCCUGACACCAUUACCACGCAAGGAGCACAGAGAAUGGCUGAGAAUGUCAACAUCUCACCAUUGACCACCAUUCAUGAUAUAUCUGGGUCUCAAUCAUCAUCUGCAUACCCCUCAUCUCCUCCUCAUUUUCAAGAAGAUCUUCUUCAUCGCCGACAACACCUGGUGGAAGAAAUUUUGCAGCUGUCAGCAGAUUCCUUUUCGGUUGCAUCUUCUGAUAGUAACACAAGCUGUAGUGAAGGUGAUUGCAGUGAAUUUGAGCCAUCAGUGCCUAAAGUUGUUAAUUUCCCGUGCAAAAAUUAUGUGAAUGGCAGUGUUGAUGGUCAUUUAUCUCAAAAUCAGCUCAAGGGAAAGUUCUACAACCCAAAACAAAAUGCAUUUUCUACAUCUAGUUCCACCUGUGAUCAAACUUCUAAGCAGAAUUCAAUUGAUUUUGCUGCUGGUGCUGACAAUGCUGAGAGUGCUAGCCAAGACACUGGUUUGUUGGGGAAAAGAAAAAUCAGAAAGAAAGCCAAGAAGAGAAUCAUUUCAAUAUUAGAAGAGAAUUCAGAUGGCGAUGCAUCUGAUCAUACACAAGAGCAGAUAAGUGAAGGACAGGUUUCUGCAAAUUUAAAACAAGAAUUGGGCAUAAAUGAUUUUACUGAAUUUUCUGGGCAUAAUUACCCUACCCAAGAGAAUGAUGAUCUGAUUGUGACAUAUUUCAAUACAAGUAUUGCUGAUUCUGAAGCCAGUGAGGUCUGUAGUCAAUGUAUGCGCUGUAGUUGUGUCCUUCAGAGGGAGACAAACUAUAAAGAAAGCGAAGUUGCAGUAUUGUUGAGCAGUCAUAAGAAGCUCUAUUUGCUGCUGAUCAACGUUGCUUCUGAUGGGCCAGGAACACUUCUGAGUGUAUUGAGUUGCCACAAGAUUGAAGAAGUUUGUGAGGUACAAGUAGGAAUGGCACUUCAGGUGUUAAGGGUAAAUUUUGAGAAUGGGGAAACGUAUCUUUUUGUAACAAGAAGCAUUGAGAAAUCAAGAGAAUUACUAUGUACCAUACAUGUGCUUGAUUCUUGUGGUGGAAAUGCUAGAUGCUCAAUAAGAAGUUUGGAGCAGGUCCAGGUUGAGUUGUUUGACAACCAAAUAUGUGGUGGUUCAAAUGUGAGCAUAUAUCAGUAUGCAAUGGUGCUUGUCUUUUGUGAAAAUGGCAGCGAGGAAUCAUGGCUCUCAAGAUCACUGUUUGUGAUUGGAGGGUAUGUGCUUUUGUGCAUUGAAGAUGUUAAGCAGCUGUACACAUUUUCAUCAGAUUCAUCUGCGUCGCCAUACUUCAGAAUUGAUUCAUGUUGCUCCAUUGCUGACAUUACUGAGACGGUUAUUGAGGUUGGUGGCAACUGCUAUGUGACUUUAAGUCUGACAUGUUCACCGGAAGAACUCCAUUCAUCUACCCAAAUGAACCUUGAAACUGUCAAUCAUAAAAAUACUGCUCCCGGCACUCUUAAAUUGAAGCUUCAGUGGUUCUCCAAGGAUUACCUUGUGAAGUUUGUGUCAUUGUUGAAGGCAAUCCAUGAAAAAGAAUCGGGGUCACCUUUGGUAGUAAGAUGUAUAUCGUAAAUCAUUUUUGCAUUGUGUCAGUUCAUAUUAAUUUCAUUCAUUUGUUUAGGUUUUCAAAUCUUUUUAUUUUCAAUUAGUUUCCUUGCUUGGUGUGUUGAGUUUGUGAUAGUUUCCUUCUUUUUAUUCUUUGAUUUAUAUCCAUGUAGUGGUUGUUCUUUUUCUAUGUAUAGAAUUGUACAGUAUCACUACACGUUAUUAGCCUUUGUCUUGCUCCUUCCCUCCCUCCUCUGCCCUCUUCCCAGACGGAAUAAAAAAAAAUGAGAAAAAUUUCAAUUUAAA